AUGAUUUGGAUUCAUGGAGGAGCCUUUGCCAUUGGAGCAGGUCAAGGCACCGGUCUCCUGAACGACACCUUGUAUGAUGGCAAUGAGCUAGCCCACCAUGGGAAUGUCAUCGUUGUGAGUGUCAACUAUCGCCUGGCUGCACUCGGCUUCCUCAGUACUGGGGAUAGCAAUGGAAGAGGUAAUUAUGGCUUGUGGGACCAGCACAUGGCCAUAACCUGGGUGAAGAAUAAUAUCGCAAGUUUUGGAGGAAAUCCAGAGCUCAUCACUCUGUUUGGUGAAUCAGCUGGAGGUGCCUGUACAAGCAUGCAUGUAUUAUCACCAGUAAGCAAAGGGCUCUUCAGACGUGCAAUUUCAGAAAGUGGUGAUGCCCGGGUGAUGUGGGCUGUGAAUCGAAACCCGCUCCGCAGUGCUCGUCGAGUUGCCCAGGCUCUGGGGUGCCCGCUGGAAGAUACCGCUGCCAUGAUGUUUUGCCUCAGGCAGGUGCCUGCUAAAGACAUCAUGUUGGUGAUUCGAGUGACAGAGCUGCUUACUGAAAACAAGAUGGUGUUUUUCAUUCCAUUUGUUCCUACAAUUGAUGGUGACUUUCUCCCUGCUGAACCAGAGAUGCUGUUUGAGAACAGUAGAGAUGUUGAUUAUUUGUUGGGCUGUAACAAUGGAGAUGGUCAUAUGUUUGUGGCCACCUGGUUCCCUGGCGUGAAUAUUCCUUUUGGAAUUAGUGAGGCUAAAUUCCGAACAGCGGUGAAAAAGGGUGUGGGUUCUUUGGGAGAGGCUGCAGUGGAGUCAGCUAUAUUUGAGUACACUGACUGGGAGAAUCCAACACAGCUUUCAAGAAGGCAGGGUUUGUCAAGACUGUACACUGAUUUUGAAUUUUGCAGCCCAGCAUUCAACUCUGCGCAGAAGCACACAAUAAUCAGCAGAAAUGCCAGUCGAACAUAUGCUUACCAAUUCUCAUACCCAUCCAAGAUGCCAAAUGCAAUCUGGCCAGAGUGGAUUGGUGCCCUUCAUACAGAAGAGCUACAGUUUGUCUUUGGCAGACCAUUUUCCAAGCCAAAAUCCUACAACCAGCAGGAGAGGAAUCUGAGUCAGGCCGUGAUGACAUACUGGACCAACUUUGCGAAAACAGGAAAUCCAAACCAUCCUCAAUCAGUUCCUGUUAUCUGGCCAGAGUUUAGCAUUGAGAAGCAUUAUAUUGAGCUGAAUGCAAGCCUCAACCAAGGAUCUGUGGGCAGCAACCUCAGAGCAAAGCAGUUUGCAAUGUGGAAUGAGCUGAUCUCGAAGAUGGUUACCAGAAACAUUGACUGUCUUCAGGACCAGAUCCCGCCUUUGAAUGGGACAACACCACCAUUAAACCCACCAGUUGUCACAGUUCAGCAAGGACAAGCACGAGUCUCCUUCACUGUGCCGUCACUGCUGGAAUAUCAGGUACCAUUCUUUGACACCAUUUCGGCUCGAUUGAUGCCCCCUUCACCGGGCCUCAUCAAUGCAAACGCCACUGAUGCCACCAGGUACCGCACUGGCCCAAACUCAACUCCGCCACCACCAACGGCCUACGUUGGGCCCACCCCGCCAAUGCAGCCACUGCUGAUGCCACCGUGCCUCGUACUGGGCCCAAACCUGCCUCCGCCUCUGCCUCCUUGA